CUGCGAUGAUGUUCUGCAGAUGGCAGCUUCCACGCGACGACGGUUCGGUAGCACGCGUGUGAAUUUUGGUUAAUAUUGUUUAUAACAAAGUGAAUGACAAUGUCUCUUUUCAACGUGCGACAAUUCUUUGGCACGUUAUAUCAACGUUAUAUGUUCUCAUUACCGACGAUACACUUAUCUCGCACACAAAAGAUUUUCAUUAUCUGCUUUGCUAGUGGUUCAAUAAUACUGGGAGGAUUGGCACAGUUUUUGAAGAGACGCCGGAGACAUCCCAUCACACCUCCCAGGAGACAUUAUAAAGACUACAAAACAAGAUUAGGAAAUAUUAAGAAUGCAAAUUUUGAUGUAUUGUCACAAGCAUCUUGGGCAAGAAGAAGUGAAGCCAGCACUAGGAGUCACAUUAGUGAGCGGGCAUCACUCAUCUCCUCUGUGCCAGGUGGUCCAGACAACAAUGAAAAACUUACUCCACAACAAUAUGGUGUCCUUGAAAAAAAAAGCGUAAUUACCUACGCGCGAUACGAGGGGAAAGGUGUAUAUCCUUCCGGCUGGCUGGAAACUGGACUCGAAAUCCUGCGGCAGAAAAGACGACUCGAGGCGCUGGAAAAGGCCCUUUACUGCUGGGAGGAUGCUCUGACCGCGUUCAGCUCGACCCUCGGCAACGACAUCCUGGCCCUACCGUCGAAGGCCGACGCAGCGUUCACUCGCGACGUACAGGAGCUGCUCGACAUGGGCUACCAGAUCCAGAAUCACGCGGAGCUGCUCUUCCUCGAUCAACACUCCAUUUUAUUCCGCAACGACAGCGAGGAGAGCCUCGACAAACCUUCCAACAUUGGGACGCGGAUGUCUGGCUACAGAGCCGACGCCGCAUCGUCACCCGAAUCGUUCGAAUCUGCACGUGACGGGGUUGCAGAUCUUCGCGAAUUCGAAGAAUUCUCAGAACUGUUCCCACACUUUGAGAAACAAAAGCUUUAUCAUGCUGCUCUCAAACAGUAUGAGGAUAAAGGCAUUCCUUGCAGGAGACUACACACGGAACUUGUAAAGUGCGGAUCAGACGUGGAAUAUUUAGCGAAGGUGCACUGUCUGCGUCAGGCUUAUACGAAAUUAUUUAAUUUACCUACAGCAACGGCAUAUAUAGUGGACGUGGGUCGUCAAGUCAUUAGCGAUUUGAUUAUGUACGCGGAUAGGGAUCCGAAGGAUUAUUUGAUGUAUUAUGAGCGCAUGAUAGAGUUCCUACAAGAACCACUCAAUUGUACCAUCAUGGAGGAGGAAUUGACCGCCCGAGGUGUUAUGUGCAUGAACUUUUACGACGUACUCAUUGACUUCAUACUCCUAGAUGCGUUCGAGGACGUGGAGAAACCGCCGCCGCCCGUAAAGGCUAUAGUUCAGAAUAGAUGGGUGUCCGCCAGUUUCAGAGAAACUGCGAUAGGAACGGCACUCUGGUCGCUCCUUGCGGGCAAAAAAAAAAUGCUGAAGUACCAGGAAGGCUUCUUAGCGCACUUCUAUUCCAUCUCCGAGCAAAUCUCGCCAAUGUUCAUUUGGGGAUUCUUGGGUUCUGAGGAGAGCCUACGUUCCACUUGUCAUUACUUUAGGGAACAAGUGAUCGAGUUUCUUGUAGAUAUAUUUAAUUUCUUCAAAGUACGCUAUACCACCGUCGACGAACUUGCCGCAGAUAUUCUCAGGGAAAUGAAAUUAAGAGUCGACAAUAUAAACCAAAGACUGUCGUUAGAAGGUUGUUAGCCAGUGAAAUGUGUUUAGGUAAUUAUCUUAAUACAAUACGUUGAACGGGCUUGAUAUUGCAAAUUGCAUAUAUCGUGUUCAACAUCUAUGUUGUAAAAGAGAAUAUUAAGAUCAAUAUUAAUGAAAUUAAGUCAUAUCUGAUAAGUUGGGUAAAUGGUGCAAUGUUAUCGCAUAUUUUAAUUUCCAUUACCACGCCCAUGAGUAAUUGCAGCAAGUCUGUGAAAUUACUUUACGAAGUAAUAUCGCAAAGAGGCAUUGCACACCCUCUGUUAUCGCCAAUUAGAAGUCUCAUACGUUGAGUUUCACAUACAUUUGAAUGUAAUCAAAAUUACAUCAACCUUGAAUAAACGCUAACAACCUCUAUUGUCCAGUACUACGAACAGGAAAAAAUAAUGGAAUAUCGUCCAAUAUAAAUUUUAUAUAAAUGGAUAUCAAAUUUAUAGGUCGGACCUUAUUCAUAAAACUUCGGAAAUUCUGUAAAUGCAUUGUGCUCAUAUAUGAUGAAUACAUGAUGUUAUUUAUUUUGACAUAACGAAUAAACUUCGUUAUUAAUCAUUAUGUGAUACAAAUUUUGUAGAUAUUCCAUAAAUCAUGUUGCAAAAUAUGUAAAAUAUUGUGACUGUUGCUAUUCUGUUUAUUAUAUUAAUAUAAAAUGCA